AUGGGACCCUUCCCGCCAGGAAAAGGUGGUGUUAAAUUUAUGAUAGUCACCGUCGACUAUUUUACAAAAUGGGUAGAAGCAGAGCUGUUAGCAACGAUCACAAGCAAAACUGUGACAAAAUUCUUAUGGAAGAAUGUCAUUUGCGGAUUCAAGAUUCUCCAGAGUAUUAUAACUGACAAUGGGCGCCAAUUGGACUCAGAUCACUACAAAGAAUGGUGUGCGGAGUUAAGGAUCAAGGCAAAGUACUCCUCCUCAGGCCAUCCCCAAGCAAAUGGUCAAGUAGAGGCGACAAACAAGGCGUUGAUCUCAAUCCUCAAGAAAAAGGUCGCGGAGAAGAAAGGAGAUUGGGCAAACGAGCUGCCAAGGGGACAUGGGCCAACUAGGCGCGAAGCCAUGCGACCUCCUCCUGAGCAGCAGUCAGCUCCCCCUCCUUCUCAGAUAGACUCCGCUGGCUGGCUCCAAAGGCCAAGUUUGCCUCCCGAAAACUCUCCUCAGAGGACCUGCAGCUGUCUUGAGAACGGGCUAGGUCUUCACGAAGAGAGGACAAAGCUUCAUCACGGGCAGCAAACUCGGAAUUUAGACGAGAGCUCUCAGCCUUAA